UCGUAGGCUGUCAGUUGCCGAUCAUAUAUAUAUAAAGUAAUCCAUGCCAUGUUUUUUGGCGCGCUCGUGAAGUUUAUAGUUUAUAUGUUUAUAACCGCUGUCAAACCCUUUUGCUCGCGAUUAACGAGUGUAUUGGAGAAAAAAAAAGAGAUUCCAGUGCCUAAUAAUCAUAAUUGGACUAAAUUAGUUGAAGACACAUUAAAUAUUUACAAAAAAAACUUGCCCGCGUUGGAAAAGCAAGAUUUGACGUAAAAAAUAGCACAAUUAGGCGUUCUUCGAUGCAUUUUCCGUCUUAUUUAUUGGUUUUGUUGUUUAGUGGAUAAUUUUCUGCAUUCUUUUAUAAAAUGCAUCACGCCGGAGAAAAUCCUAGACCUAGCAACGUAAUGUACACACCGCGGACACCGCAAAUGCGUCAACGACAACGAUUUAAUUUAAGUACUAUGCCAGUCAACGAAGAGAAUGUUAUGGGAUUGGAAGGUUUAAUUCGCAAAACAUGGAAUAUUUAUGCUGUAUCUGCUUUAUUUGAUUUUCAACAAGAUGAUAUUUAUCUUAAAUUGUAUGCGAAAAAGCUGAGAGAAGAAAUUGCAAGCACUUUGUCACGUGAAAAUGUAACUUACGAUGCAAAGUUUUCUAUAAUGGAAGAUGUUGUACCUACACCAAAUCAUGAAAAUCAUCCAGCAAUUAAGAUUGAAGUUCUAGCCAAAAUUAGCGAUCAGGAGAAAGAGAGAGAGAAAUCUCUUUAUCAAGGAAUAUUGUUAUCCUGGAGAAUAACAACAGAGGCUGAACCAAAUAUAGAAAAUCAAAUAAGAUUACCUCUUUUGUUAUGCAGUGGUACUAAUACUUGUAUAGCUGCAGUCCAUGAUACAAUUAGUCGUAUGUUUGACUGUUUGAUAAUUGCAUUAUCAACAAAAGAAUAUGAUUUAAGUUGGCUUGUUCCUAUUAUAAUUAUGACUAAUAAAGAGGAGCCUGUAGUUUCUGGUGAAGUUAAAAUGAUGUAUACAGUACAAUUACCAGUAACAGAUACUAUUACAGUUAAAUUUCAAAGUGCAGAUCUAAGGAAGAUAUUAUUAGCAAUUAUCACAAAUCAAGAUAAUGAUGAUAAUAUAAUCCUUGACCGUAGUCACAUAGAAUUAUUUUUUGAAGUCUUACAUAAGCAAAUGUUAAUGUGUGGAGGUUUGGAAUUAGGAUUAUGUACACUACAUAGGAUUGAUCUGCCAGGAAUAACCAUAACGGAGAACAAAAUGAAAUUAGUCAAUAUAGAAAUUAUGAAUAAUGUAUUAUCGUAUUUAAAUGAAAAAGCUUUGGAUAUCUUUCAUACAGUGCAUAUUGAUAUAUGAAUUUUCUCACUGUGCAUUGAAUACUUACAUUCCUCUUAUUAGCAAAAAGGAAAAAGAUAUUUUUAACAAAAGACGAUUUAUCUAU